UCGCUCGACUGUCGCACACGCCUCGCGAAUGCUUUUUUUCCAACUUCAAUCUGUGAAUGAGAUAAGCUAAUCAGCCUCUAAAAACUGUUGACGCAUCAACAAACAGUCUCUAACAAGUUUAAAAUAGUCCCUCGUUGAAGAAAAUUCCCCUGGAAUAACUGGAAUAUCUUCAACGAGAGUGCAGUGUUAGUUUAAAGAGUCAGUUAUCUUGAAAAACUGUUGAGGUGUCAAAAAACAUUCUCGAACAAGUCCGAACAAGUUGAUAAUUUCCCAGGAAUUACUAGAAUUUCUUCAACAGAGUUCAGUGUUACUUUAAAGCUUGCUUUAAAGUGGACUUGGAAAUUGUAGAUAUUGUCAACAGAGUUUGUGUUGUCAGUUGUCAGCACUGAUUGUCAGUGAUUCGAAUAAGUUUGCAACCGUCACAACCUAACCUCAAAUUACAAAUGCAAGUGAAUGAACUCGCGAUGAGUGGUUUUAGAGCAAAGGUCAUUGGUUGUGUAGUGAAGUUGAAUGCACACCAGGAUGGUGUUUACCAAGCUCAUCGACUGGAUCACUCGUGUGCUGUUUCGUGAGGAAUUAAUUUAAAGUUACUCGCGCGUGAUUCGCUGUCCGAUCCUGCACGUGCGCGGCAGGUUUAUUGACGAAAACAAACGAGAGAGUUUUGGAAUACAGAAGUGUUACGGAAUCGAAGAAUUUCGGAAUUCAGUUUCAUUCGGCAAAGAGUGCAAGUUUUUUUAAAUUCAAAUUUGUGGUUCCUCGUGGCGUUUAAGUUGACAAUCCCGUUUGACGACAACGUGGUGAGGUUAUUUCUUGCCGGCUCGAUACUGUUUACGCAAGUGGAUACUUUCCGUUGAGCACGUGGAUACGCCACUGAUGAAACUUGCCACGCGAGGAAUGUGAUCUUAUCUCGAUCAGAGGCGAGGACGGAAAUGCGUUCCAUAAGGUGACGAAAAAUGGAGACGGUGCGCGAGAAUGGAGUCCAUCGGGUGAAUGGAUCGACAGGAAGUGAAGUGUCGGGUUCGCCCUCGAAGAGUGCAAAUCGUUUGAAAAUCGUGGAAAGUGGUGUUAACAGUGAGAAAUUUCCUGAUGAAUCUUCAAAAGAGGAGAUGGAUCCUUACAAGGAACUGGAAUUAUACCUCGCGAAAGUAAAUGAGGAAAUCAGCGAGAUAAUUGAAUCAGUACCGCCUUCACGACUGAUCAACACCCAGGAUCCAAAAUGUCCACCGAAUUCCGAGACCAAAACAUUCCAUUCUCCGACACCUAUGACAAGGGAUCGCUCCUGUGGUACAAAUUCCUUGCCAUCAAGGUCGAAUUCGCUACGACAAGCAUCUUCCAAAACAACCUCCAACGCACCCGGGAAGGACGAUAUUAGCGACUGGUCCGAGAACAUACUUGCCGAAUUCAAUAACAUCAUUGCCAAAGAGAUCAACGAACUCACUCGUGCCAAGCUGAAAGCUAAUCGAGUCGAGUACAAAGAUUUACUUAACGAAUUCGGCAUUUCCGAUUCUAGUUCCUCACACAGUCUAGAGGAACUUCCGAACGGAAUCGACUCUUCAAGACCUGAUAGAAAGCUAGAUCGAAAACCAACUCGGAUAAAACGAAAUCAAACGACCCAGAAUAUAAUUCAGGAUGAAAAAACUUCGAACGACCAUUCAAACUCUUUCAAUCAUUCGAACUCUGAUUCGAAGGACAGACUCGUCAUUCAGAAUCGUCGCUUGAGCGGAAGUUUGCCCGAAAAUCUUCAAGAUGUUGACGGAAGAGGACGUCGAUUUCGACAGGAACUUCUAAAUUCCGACUGGGUUGCGCCCAGUGAAAUUUCGAUGGAUCCUUCAGGAAAUUCGCUGCGUCUCAAUCGAAACAGCUCUAGUCUACCGACCGACUUCGAUUCGAAGGACGUCUCUAUAUUUCCAGGAAGCAGUAAUGAACCAAAGAAAGAAAAGCUUCGAGAGGAAAAUGGUCUUGAUACAGAAGUUUCAAGUACUUCGAAUGGAGGACCUUGGAGUGGAUUUAAAUUGAAGAAUUUGGAGAAUCUCAGGGCGAAGCUUCCACCUAGGCAGAGCCAGGAAUCGAGGAGGAAGACGAGUAUCUCAUCAAAAGGUGUCAAUCAUAAACGAAGAAGAAUUAAUUACGAGAGGAUUAAAAGGUCGAAGGAGCAUGAUAGUGAUUGUGAGGAAAGGAACAAUCUUCAUGAGCCUGCUCAUAGGUCCAAAUCUUUGGAGAAUUAUUCGCCAAGAUCAGCGCCAGUCACACCAACUGAGGAAAAGAUAAUGCCUUUUUCCAGGUUUUUGAGGAAGAAGCAUACUCCUAUUUAUCAUGAAAAUGGUAAGGGAGCAGUUUUAGUCAGAGUUUCCUCUUUGCCGGAUCAGGAUCUGCUGCAUCUGUCAAAUGAGCAACUGUCUAAGUCAGGAAAGAAGGGUGGAAGUCAAGAUGAAUCAGUAAGGAAGAGGGAUCUUUUCCCCUUGACCUUAAAGUCAGACCUGACGGCGAAGAGGCUCUCGGAAUCGAACAAAGAUGUGGGGAGAGUUAGUCCUAUGAAUUUGAAGAAGUUUCCUUUUCGGAGAUCGAAGAGUAACGAUGUGGCUGUUGAGUGUCAUUUUCCGGUUGUGGAAAAGGGAGAGAACUCGCAAAAUGGAAUUAGAAAAGAGGGAAGAAUUGAAGAUGAGAGUGACAAAAGGAUGGAUGAAGAUUCUCCCAAGGGUUCGUAUGCAAUUUCGUUGAAUUUUCUGCUCUCAAGAUUUCGAAAUGGGUCUGGCACCUGUUGCACGAGCAGUCCUCCAACAGAAUCCCUCGCCUGUGCUGAUAUAGCUACCCAAACGUCUCCAACAAUUUCGAGAAGUUCGAGUUUUACUUGGGUCAGUGACUACGAAUCUCUUCGAGCGGGUUUUCGAGUGGAUGUGCAAUCGUUUCAAGAUGAGGCGACCUUGGAUCAAGCCUCUCCACAAGAUACAGUUGAUGACGAUAAUAGAUCAUCCUCCUCCUCGCAAGAUUUGCUACAAAGUAUGGACGAAAUUUCUUCCGGAAGUGUCUCGCCAGACACCACGGAUCGGGCUUCACCUCUCGAAAGUGGAAUUGGCACUGCUAGUCCACCUAGAAGUACGGAACGUCGUUCAAUCAAACCGACGACUUCAAACAAGUGUCACCGUAAGGAGACUUGGGAAAGAAUUCGUCGCCGUCCCUCAAAGUUAAAUUCUAGAUUCGAAAAAGGAUCGCAGGACGUUUGGGUAAAGAGGGAGAGUGUUCACACACAAACUCGAAGAACUGAGGAUCAGUAUUGCCAAGAUGCUGUAGACAGUAGUAGUGAGAUGGAAGAUUCAUUACCGAGAAUAAAACCAAGUCGACCCAGCAAUCUACCUCUGGGUCUUUCGAUAACUGCAAGUAGCUCCUUGAGUUCUGGAGAAUUAUUAGAAUCUCCGCCACGUGCUCCUUCCUCGCCAUCUGCGGCGAGCCUCCAACUUAAAUCUGAACCCCUCGCCAUUGAAUUGGGUGGUAAAAGUAGCAGUGCUCCUCUUCUUGAAAACAAUGACGUCGAGAGGCAUGAGCAGCAGGAACCUGUUCUGCAGCAGCCGAGAUCGCAAUCAGAACGGCAGUUAUCAGAAAUCGAAGCCCAAGAAGCUUGCAAAUGGCUCAGAGCUGCAGGAUUUCCACAAUACGCCCAGAUGUAUGAAGACUACCAGUUUCCAAUAGACGUAUCUGGCGUUUCCAAAGACCAUCCAUUCUUGGAGACAGAUUCUCUGCAUUCUCUCUUCAGGAGACUUCAUGCCCUCAAUCGUUGCGCCAAUAUGAAGUUGGACACACACCACACACAUCACCAACACCACAAUAUCAGUCAUAGCAAAAACGGAGGUGGCGAGGAUUCAGACGAAGACAACCAGUGCGCCCUCAGCGAAAACUGGACCUUCGAAAAUAAGACCCGAAGAUGGUCCCGAGUCUGUGAUGUGAACCAAUCAACUCUCGAAAAACUUCAAACAAUUGCAGGCCAGAAUCUACACUCUGAGGAAGAAUCCCUUGAAGAGCGUAUUGAAGCCGAGGAAGCAGAUGACCAGAUGGUCGACAGUUUCCGCUAUGCCAGUCUUCCCCCAGGCACCAUGUCAGACGAGCUCGGCCAAAGGUUUCGUCGCACCGGUUCCGAAAGACUUCGAGAUGGUGCGAAAGCCUUCCUGCGUCGCGUUGAAUCCUUAAAAUCACGAAGAAGAAAGCGACAAAAUCGUGAUGGUGUCGUCAUCAGUGGACCUCAAGUUCUCGAUGUGAUAUCGAUGCAGCAGAAGAUGAAGGAUCUGAACUGCGUCGACGUCUCACCCACGGGCCAAGCUCCUCUCUCCUUCAAUGAUCUUCCGCCACCCACGCCCUUUCCAAUGCCAUCUUCACCACUGACCUUGCCAGCAUCAGCUUACCACUAUCCAUCAUCUCCAACAACUAAUGCACCAAGCCCACUUGGAGACGACUCCUCUAGUUACUGUUCUGAUGGAUCCCAAUGCGGAGGGCCCACACCCACACCAACCCGAACGAAAUUAAAUCGAGCGAAAAGGUUCCUCCACCGAGGAAGAGAAGACCAGGGCACCCUCAGUGAUUCCGAAUGCCAGCCAACAAGUUGGAGACAGAGGUACUUCAAAGACGCUAACAGCAAUCACACCAAGGUGCUCGAAUACGUCUCCCAAAGUCCAAAAGAUGCUCUAAGCAAACCCGGGACCCUCACACAUCGAGGAGGGAGUUUGAAUCUAGGAAAAGAAUCUAAACGCAGAGACAAUUCCCAGAACGAAGACAAGGUGUCUGCCCUGAAAAGGGAGGAAAAAUUCCACAAGAGUUUUAGACACGGGAGAGAAGAUGUCUAUAGGGAAGAGAGAUCAUCAGCCAAAGAGGUUACUAUCUAUAGAGAAAAAUCUCGGUCCAAGAAUUCAGAAUUGGCUGGGAGUCAAGAGAGCAGUUCGACAGCUGCUAGUAGAGACUCUGAUCAGGAGGAGGAUUCCCCAAGACACAAGGGCAAUGUUGUCAGGUGGCACAGUUUUCAGAGAGGAUCUCUGAAUCCAGAUGCUUUGGACCCACUUUGUCCGAGGGCGAUGGCUUCGAUGUCUUGUGGUCAGCUGUUGGUGCUGAGGAAGUUGGCUUUAUUGAAACUGACUGCUUGCAUGGAACGAUAUUGCCCGACUCAUAGGACUGGCUGGAACUGGGAAUUACCCAAGUUCAUCAGAAAGAUUAAGUCUCCUGAUUAUAAGGAUAAGACAGUUUUUGGGGUGCCGUUGUUGGUUUCACUUCAGAGGACUGGACAAGCUUUGCCUAAGUGUAUUCAAAUUGCCUUGAAAUGGCUGAGGGUGAACGCACUUGAUCAGGUGGGGCUUUUUAGAAAGAGUGGAGCCAAGUCGAGGAUUUCCAAGCUGAAAGACAUGACUGAAUCUCAUGGUGAGAAUAUUAACUUUGAUGGACAACAGGCUUAUGAUGUCGCUGAUCUCGUGAAACAGUACUUCAGGGAACUGCCGGAAGCUUUAUUGACUAACAAACUCUCGGAGACUUUCAUCGCUAUUUUUCAACAUGUCCCACUUGAACUGCGACCUGAUGCUGUUCAGUGUGUUCUCCUCCUCUUGCCAGAUGAACAUCGAGAAGCAUUGGAAUUCCUCUUAGACUUUCUGAAUCAAGUUGCGAAUAAUUCUCACUUCAACCAGAUGACUCCCUCCAAUUUGGGAGUAUGUUUAGCACCUAGUUUGUUUCACUUCAGCCACAACCCGAACGUCACUAACAGGUCGAAUAGUGUUUCGCCCCGAAGGAGAAAGACUGGAAUUCCUGAUCAAAGAGAACUUUCGGAAAAUAAGGCUGCGCAGGACUGUCUUAUGUAUCUAGUGAAAUGCCAUCGCGAACUUUUCAUGGUUUCGACAGACAUGUUGACUCAAUGCCGGUUCAACUACAUGGAAGAAAGCAUUCCAGUCGGCUUGGAAGAACUUGGAUCUGAAUUGAAUAAUGGAUGGAGGGGAUAUCUGCAUGCGUGUACGUCAGCUUUAUUGAAAGAGGCACGAGAAAAAAGCCGCGGAUGGGUUACGGUGAACAAUCCAGCAGAAUCCAGUGUGGAAAUGGCUUAUAAGAAAGUAGGAGACGGACAUCCGCUUCGUCUUUGGCGAGUUUCGACUGAUGUAGAAGCACCUCCGAAUGAACUUUUGCGUCGCGUUUUGAGAGAAAGGGACAUCUGGGAUCAUCAAUUACUGAAGUAUAAGGUCAUCAGCAAACUAGACCUGAACGUCGAGGUCUUCCAGUACGCAACUGGAAAUAUGAGUCCGCCUUUGCCUGUCAGGGAUUAUUGUGUUUUGAGAUCAUGGCGAAAUGAUUUGCCAAAGGAUGCUUGUGUGAUAGUGGAAACUUCAGUGGAGCAUCCAGACGCUCCGAUCAUGAUUGGUGGUACACGAGGAAUUGUUUUGGCUUCCCGAUAUCUGAUCGAACCUUGUGGAAGUGGAAAAUCUCGCAUAAUGCAUCUCUCGAGAGUUGACACGAAAGGAAGAACUCCAGAGUGGUACAACAAAACCUACGGCCACAUUGCUGCUCUUCAUCUGAGUAAAAUCCGCAAUUCCUUCAAGCACACCACGGAUGGCCCAGAGAGUAAAGUUUGAGACAGGAAUUCCGUGCAGCGAUCUAUGCUGCACGGAGGGUUACACUCUACUUCAAUCUAAACCCAGAAUCCGAGGAUUUAAAAAAAAUCUUCGAUCAGGAAAAAAUACUCCAAAUCGUGGGCAUUUUGCACAAAUAGAAACGAAAAUGAAUUCGUUUUCAGGGCCUGAGACUAACUACACCUUUCGUGAUGAUUAUUGUCUUUUAUGCAUUGCUUUAAUUCCAAAUCCGAGGAAAUCGGAACUUUAAAAAAGCAA